AUGAAUGAGAAUAAUAAAUCUUUGCAUACCAAAAGAUAGUCAGCAUUAUCAUUAUGUAUAGAAAAUUUUAUUAAAAAUAGUAAACCCUCCAUAAACAACAGCUUUAUCUUGGUGUAUUGUCACUUUAAUGGGAGAUGAACUAGCCAGCAAAUCUUCCUCUUUAAAGUUAGAAGUAGCAAGUCUUACAAAAAUUAUGACUGCCUAUACAGCAAUAUAAUUAUGUGAAGAAUUAAAUCUUGAUUAUGUAAUUCAAGCUUUUUAAUCUAAUUUUAGAAUGAAAUAUAUAUUCGUAUUCCUAGAAUUGCCACAUAGAUUGGAGGGACAUCUGCUUUUUUAAGAAGAGAUGACAUAUUAUCUUUAGAAGAAUUGUUAUAUGCAUUAAUGUUACCAUCUGGAAAUGAUGCUGCAAUAUCAAUUGCACUGCAUUUUGGAUUUAUACUAAACACUUAAAGAAAAUAAAAGAUUGUCAGUUAUAUUACAUGUGAUACAAUAUAAGGAUUUUAUGAUGAUACAUAAAUGAGUAAUAUGAAUAGAUUUGUAAGAUAAAUGAAUGAAAAUGCAUUAAAAUUAGGUAUGAGAGAUUCAUAAUUUUCAAAUCCACAUGGUCUUAGUUCAAAAGUAAAUUAUAGAUACUAUAUUAAAUAUAGGCUAAUAAAUCAACAGCAUCAGAUAUGUGUAAAAUGAGUUCAGCUUAUUUAAAAAUUCCUAUUUUAAAAUAAAUUUGCAAUAGCAAAUCCUAUUCUUGUAGAAAUUAUGAAUGGUUUAAUACAAAUUAAUUAUUGCAUUUUGAAAAUUAUUAUGGUAUUAAAACAGGAAUAACACCUAAUGCUGGUGCUUGUCUUGCAGUCUCUUAUGAGAGUGUAUUAGGAUCAAUAAUAGUAGUUUUAAUAGGAGCAAAAGAUUAAAAAAGAAGGUUUGAGGAAACUGACAAACUUAUUAAUUGGGUUUCAAGAGAAUAUUCAUUAUAUUUUAACAGAACUAUGUAUGCUCCACCUAGAACUGCCUAAAGUAAAGGUAGAACGUUUAUUAUAAAAAAAUAAGCAUGA